CCAAGGCCACACUUGGAAGCCUUCAAAGUGGGCCUCCUUGAUCCACGCCUGACGGUCCUGGCAGCGAGCUGCAAAUGACAUCACCCACAGCCAGCGACAGUGGUCAAGCAUUUAAGAAGGCCACACCAGCGGUGUGCUGAGGAAGAAAUCCCUGACACAACACCCACAUUUCAGAAACCAGUCUGCUGCACAUGAGUGCUCCUUAGCUGUGAGGAAACUUGAAAAAAGAAGAAUGAACUUCUAUGCAAGAAGAGUCACCUUGCCGGUCAUAACUCCAAUCACCCUUCAAAAGCGGGUGAUCAAGGUGUUCAGCGAGGACCACACGAGCCGAGCAGUAGAGGUCCCCAAUGACAUCACUGCCCGUGACAUCUGUCAGCUCUUUGUGCUGAAGAACCACUGUGUGGAUGACCACAGCUGGACACUGUUUGAGCAGCUCUCACACCUGGGCAUAGAAAGAACCAUAGAAGACCAUGAGUUAGUCAUUGACGUACAGUCGAACUGGGGCAUGGAUUCCAGCAGCAGACUCUGCUUCAGAAAGAACUAUGCCAAAUAUGAAUUCUUCAAAAGACCCCUGGACUUUUUCCCGGAGCACAUGGUGUGUGUGUCCAGAGAGACCAACGACACAAUGACUCACUUCCAGUUGAUUCAGACAUUUCUUGACUCAAACACAUGCCCGGAGAUCUGUGGAUACCUCCAUGCUAGAGAGCAGGGCAAGAAAUCUUGGAAGAAGCUCUACUUUGUCUUGAGAAGGUCUGGGCUGUACUUCUCAAGUAAGGGGACCUCAAAGGAACCGAGACAUCUCCAGUUCCUCGCAGAGUUCAGCGACAGUGAUAUCUACACGCUGCAAUCAGCCAGGAAGUCAUAUGGUGCACCAACUGAUUAUGGAUUUUGUAUAAAGCCCACCAAGUCAGACUCCCCUCAAGACCUGAAGGUGCUGUGUGCUGACGAGGAGCGCCUGAGGAUCUGCUGGGUAACCGCCAUGCGCCUCUUCAAGUAUGGCAUGCAGCUCUACCAGAACUUCCUAGAGCCACAUCAGAAGCAGAAAGUAUCCCCCAUGAGGAGCAUCUCGGAGAACUCCCUCGUGGCCAUGGACUUCUCGGGUCAGAAGAGCCGGGUGAUUGAGAAUCCGUCGGAGGCGCUCACCGUGGCGGUGGAGGAGGGACUGUCCUGGAGGAGGAAGAGCUGUCCUCGGCUCGUCUCCCACGGGAGCCCAUCGGCUGGCCGCAGACCCCGGUCGAACCCAGCCAUCCACAGAGCCCAGCCCUGGUUCCACAGCAGCAUAUCGAGAGAUGAGGCUCAUCGGCUAAUCGUCCAGCAAGGCCUCGUCGAUGGGGUGUUUCUAUUAAGGGAGAGCCAGAGCAACCCCAGGACAUUUGUCCUGUCAAUGUGUCACAGACAGAGAGUGAAGCACUUCCAAAUCCUGCCUGUGGAGAGCGAGGGAGAGCUGUUCUUCAGCCUGGACGACGGCCAGACGCACUUCACUGACCUCCUCCAGCUGGUGGAGUUCUACCAGCUCAACAGGGGGGUGCUGCCCUGCAAGCUCAAGCACCAGUGCUCCAGGGUCACUCUCUGAGGAGGGCGCCCCCCACAGGCACACGGGAGAACUUCUCGCGCCUUGGACCGAAGGAUCGCGUGGAGCGACGCCCCCUCACAACGAGUCCGCGGAGAGCGCGGGACGCAGCGGCACAACUGAGCCCCGUGGACACGCCUCGCAGUCGCAGCCCAUCUGUUGCAGAAACUCAGCCGGUGCGAGACUGAAAUUUCUCCCUGUGACACGGAGUGUGUGUGUGUGUGUGUCGGCCAGCGGCGCAUCAGCCCAGCUCGCACUCUGAGUAGGGCCGCCAUGUGAGAACGUCAAGCAUUUGAUGUGGAUCCCGCUGGCGACUGCAUAGCUUUACCAGGCUGCGGAGGCUGCGAGCGGGAAGAUAAACCCCGCUGGCCGAGAGCCCUGGGAGACGGGGGGCCUGCCGGGCAGCGCGUGGCGUUUGGUGCCGCGCGCACAGAAACUAAUGACUGUUUGCACUACCUGCGCUCUCCAUCUCGGGGGCGGUUCCGUCUGAGCCCGUGUAUAUAAAAGGGUGAAGUGCGGCCCGCCGUCGGGGUCGAUGGGGUCUGCCUGUAAACAGCGCGCAUGAGCUGUCGGGGGGAAUUGGAUCCGCCCGCUCGCUCACGGAGGGUGAGGAGGGAGGUGAUCGGACGGGGCUGAGGAUGUUCUCAGCGUUGAGUGUCCCCUUCAUCUCCCGUUGCUUCGCUGGCCCUCUCUCUUCUGCUUCGCCAAGCCUGUGACUCGCGUGUCUGUGCGCUCGCAGCGCCUCAUGCUCCUUGGGGUAGCUGGACUUUGCUUCAUGUAAUGUGCAUCUCAGGCUAUGUUUAUGUAUUUCAUGACAAAAAAAAAAAAAAAAAACACAACGAUGGGGUCCCUUUUACAGUAUCUACGGCUAUCGGGAAGAAUGAACCCAUUACGCUGGCCGCUGUGACGCAUAACUCAAAACCAGCGAACUCGCCCACCUUGCACUUUGAGCUCAUUUAUUUCAGCUGACACUAUUUGAGUGGCAAAAUUCAAAUCCUUGAGGUCUUUCAGAGAUGCGAACAAAAUGCAAGCUGUGCUGCAAAAUGCACAAAAGUGCAUGGAGUUGCAGUACACAUUGUCGCUUGAAGGUAUGUGAACCUUAGAGAGAUGGUCAUCAUUCUUGUGGAAAAUAUUAAAAUGAGAUUAUAAUUACAAACUUAUGUUACAAAUGAUUGUAAUUUAUACACCUGAUUCUACUCAUCUACUUGGUUUAACCAGUGUAAUUUGGGGUUCACUUAGUUUUGC